CAAAAUUAUGUAAAGAAAUAGUGCCAAUUACACAAACAUAUAACAUAACAUAAUAUAAUAUAAUAUAAUAUAAUAUAUCAAAUGUAUUAAACCCUUAUUAAGUUAUUUAUUUAUUAUUACAUUUACAAAUGUGGUUCGCAUCAUCAUCACCAUCAUCAUCUAUCUUACUACUUACUGGUAUUAAUUAUUCCUUUUCCCCUCCCCCGUCCCUCGUCCUCUUCAUCUUCAUCUUCAUCUUCUUCCUUAACUAACUAAACCCCCGCGCUCACCGGCGGUGGCCGCGCCGUCGCCCGAAACCCUACCGCCGCCGCGGUGCGCUCACCGCCGUCCCAUGAGGAAUGGGAUGCAUCCUCGGUAAGCUCAACGCCGCCGCCGACGACGAUUGCCCCUUCUCCCUCUCCGCCCUCCUCUUCCCCCCCGCCUCCACCGCCGGAGACCCCCUCCGCGCCCCUCUCCCGCCCCCCUCCGCCGCAGAGCUCCGCCGCACCCCCUCCGCCGCCGCCGCGAGGGACUCCGCCGGGUGGCCGCUCUGGCUCUCCGCCGCCGCCGGGGACGCCCUCCGCGGGUGGGCACCCCGCCGCGCCGACUCCUUCCAGAAGCUCGAAAAGAUUGGGUCGGGGACGUAUAGCAACGUGUACAAGGCGGUGGACACGGCGACGGGGCGCGUGGUGGCGCUGAAGAAGGUGAGGGUGGAGCCCGGGGCUGCGGCGGCGGCGGCGGAGGCGGCGGCUGCUGCGGCGGUAAUGAAGAUGGUGAACCAUUCACCGCCUUCAUUAGGUAUACCUAGGGCCCAGACUGACUCCGACACCUCGGCUGUGAAUGACUUUAUUGCUUAUAUUUUCUUUUCGUUGAACAUGUUGUCGUUCAUUGUUAUCCUCUCGUUAAUAUCGCAGGUGAAGUGCUACAUGAAACAGUUACUGUCCGGGCUCGAGCAUUGCCACAAUCGAGGCAUCCUCCACCGUGAUAUAAAGAGCUCGAAUUUGCUCCUUAGCAAGGAAGGGAUACUCAAGAUAGCGGAUUUCGGGCUUGCUACGGCUUACGAUCCUGAAAACAUGCAGCCGAUGACUAGUCAAGUUGUCACUCUCUGGUAUCGCCCGCCCGAGCUCCUCUUAGGUGCUACUUACUACGGCGUCGGUGUCGACCUAUGGAGUGUGGGUUGUAUUUUGGCUGAGCUUCUCACUGGGGAGCCAAUUUUUCCGGGAAGAACGGAGGUGGAGCAGUUGCACAAGAUCUUCAAGCUAUGUGGGACGCCGUCAGAGGAUUAUUGGACGAAAUUGAAGUUGCCGCAAACUACUUUUAAGCCGUACGAACGCUGUAUAUCGGAAAAAUUUAAGGAUCUGCCGCCGUCUGCUCUUGCUCUCGUUGACACACUUCUGUUGAUCGACCCAGACGGACGAGGCACGGCUACUGCUGCUCUGAACAGUGAAUUCUUCACGACAGAGCCUUAUGCGUGUGAACCGUCAAGCCUACCGCAGUAUCCACCAAGCAAAGAAAUGGACAUUAAAUUGCGCCGCGACAAACCUAGAAGAAAAGAAAGGGCUAAUGCCUCAGUAGAAUGCGGGAAAACAAUGAAAGCUCGACCGCGCAAUGCAGGCUAUAGAGGCGCGGUAACUCCAGAAGUGGAUGGAAAUGCAAAAGCAAUUAAGGAUAUUCCCAGAUUGAUAACGAGUUCAAGCGUCACGAAAAUGGAGAGGUUUCCGCCGCCUCAUCUCGACGCCGCGAUCGGCUAUAACUUGGACACCUCCCUCGAUAGCACGGAGGACAUCUUCACCUCAUCGAUAAUCGAAGCAACGAAAGUAAAGAACCGGGCAGUGUUCGGUUCCAUAGAUCAUCCUGCAGGGAUGACUUUGAAAGCAAAGACUCGGGCUCUAGCUCGCGCUCGAGCUCGCCCCGGGCUCAAAAUUUCUCCUUCCUCUGUUCUAAUCGGUGCAUUCCGACCCUACUCGAUAGGGCAAGCAAUGGAGGUAAGAAGGAAAACAAAGGUCCACAACCGACACAAAGUAUAGUUGGUUCAGUCAAUGUAAUAGAUUACUCUGUUUCUUUUUUCUUCUUUUCCUUCUAUAAAAGAUUAAGCUUAAGCUUUUCACCAGUAGCUUAUCAUUAUAGCAAUAUAGUUUCAUAGAUGUCUCACAAUGUAUAGCUGUUUGAAAUUUUUAUCAUGGAAUAUAGCAGUAGAAUAAAACAAGGCAUGUGAAUACACAUGAAGUACUCGAGUUCUUCGGAUUUUGUGUUCAUGUAAAUGCUAUAUUGCUUGUUUAAACUGUGUAUUCAUAAUUUAUAAUGAAAUAAUUCUCUCUUGGAUA